GACUUAAAAUCCCUCCGAAACCAAAAACUCUAUGAACAAAGUCACCACUCUUCAUACUCUCAAACCCUCGUCUUCUCUCCAUUUUCACAUCAUCAAUUUCCAAAAUUUUCUUCUAUCGAAAGCUUCAAUUGCAUGAUACACAUUCAAAAUUCAUAAAAUUACUUACUUGUAGCUCAAAAUCCACUUUCAAUCUGCUAAAAAAAACACAAUGACCCAACAAUUAAACGGCACCGCCGUCAAUAUCUCCGGCGAUCAACCGCCGGCUGCUCCUCCACAGACGCAACCCACCUCCAAUGCUCCGCCAGCAGUCACACAACCAAAUCCCCAGGUUACCCCUGACAACAAUGCUCGAGUCGAUGCUGUUUGGCAGCAAAUGAAUAAAGGAAUAUCGAAAGAAAAGCUAAAUUCUAUUUUGAAGAAGGCUCCUACAAAUGUAAAAGGAACAUCAUCUAAGCCUUCUACGAAACCAUCUUCUUCGAGCUGGAUGACAGUUCUUGGACUUGGUCAAAAGAAAAGCUCACCUAUCCAACCUGUACCAACAUUAAAACCAGUUGAUAAACAAAACGAUGGUAGUGCAGAGGCGUUAAAGGCGGCUGCUGCUGCCCUUUCUGCCGUCAGGGAUACUGCUAAUAUGGCUGCUGUGGCCGGAAGAGGAAAAGUUGAGGUGAGAGAAGUUAGAGACUUUGCUGGGGAGUCGAUUGAAGUAAAGAAGCUUGUCGAUGCUAAUAUGGCAGAAACAUCAGAAAAAGAAAAAGGAGGUGCUGCACCUUCUGCAGUUGAUGCCAUUCUUGAGCAAAUCAAGAAGAAACCAAAGCUAAGUGUUCUUGAUAAGACCAAAAAGGAUUGGGGAGAGUUUAAGGAAGAAAAUCGUUUGGAUGAGGAGCUGGAAACUUAUAAAAAGAGUGGAAAUCAGUAUUUAGAUAAAGUUUCAUUUUUGGAGCGUGCUGAUUAUCGGGAAUAUGAAAGGGAGAGAGAUGCACGCUUAGCUGUGCAGGCCAAAAGGAAGGCCGAUAUGCGAGAAGAUGACUGACGUAUGUCAGUUGUCAAUUAGAUUGCGGUUGAUAUCCACUGAAUGUUUUCGUUUUGUUAUUGGGAUUUAAGAUUUGAUGGAAUACAGAACUUUAAGUUGAUGCUUGCCUUUCGCUUUCGAAAUAGAUGUCUUAUUGGGUUCGCACUGUUCACUGUUCUAUUUUUGUUUGUAGAGAGAUUAUAACCGGGCAAAUAUUGUUUCAACUAAUUUAAAUGCAGUUGAGUUUUGCUUCUUCCUA